AUGCAGACACGACUCCCGGUGCGUCCUGACCCAUCGCUGGACGACGUAGUGAGGGCAGCGCAGGCGAUGGACACUGCGGCCAAGGACGCCGGCGAGAAUACGUCCCAACCAUCCCUGACGGAUUUCACGUCCGUGUUCCAACUGGAGUUGGGCACUUUCGCCGCCACGACGGCUAGCAUCUAUGUUCCUGAGGGAGCCCGGCCUCGUGUUUUCAAGCCUCGCCCACUGCCGUUCACCCUGAAGGAUGGGGUCAGCCAGCAGCUGCAACGGUUACAGCGAAAGGGCACCCUGGUGCCCGUCAAGACGUCUGAGUGGGCCGCUCCCACAGUUCCAGCCCUCAAGCGAGACUGCAGUGUCAGGAUGUGCGGGAAUUUCAAGGUUACCCUCAACCCCAUUGCUGCUGUCGAAAAGUACCCGCUCCCCCGAAUUGAAGAUCUCUGGUCAGCGUUGACCGGGGGACAGAAGUUCGCAAAGCUCGACCUCAGAGACGCUUACCAACAGCUGGUGCUUCAGGAUGCCUCGCGGAAGUAUUUCACGAUAUCGACAACUUUCGGGCUCUUCCAGUACAUGCGCCUACCGUUUAGCGUGGUUUCAACCGCGGCCAUUUUUCAGAGAAAGAUGGACAACCUCUUCAGUGGCAUGAGGAACGUGGCGGUGAACUUGGACCACAUCCUGGGUACCGGCACCGACGACGGGGACCACCUGCAGAACCUACCCAACGUCCUGGCACGAUUGCAGGACGCCGGUCUCAACUCAAGCUGGAAAAGUGCGUUUGCCUGGCCUUCAGCGUUGAGUAUAUGGGACACGAGUUUCCUGUCGAACCUUUCGGCGCAUCUACAGCACCUCCAUCUUCUGCUUCUACAUGGUCAGCAGCGUGCCUGGAAGAAGGAGCAGGACAUGGCAUUCCAGCACAGCAAGGAGCUUAUCACCAAGGCUCCAGUGCUGGUACACUUCGGUCCGGACAAGCCUGUCGUUCUUGCUGUAGAUGCGUCACCGUACGGCGUGGGAGCCGUCCUGGCACACUGGGACAAGGAUGGCCAGGAACGUCCUUUGUCCUACCGGCUGGUCUAUCGUCAGGGAAAGGACCUGGCACCUGCUGAUGCCCUGAGCCACCUGCCCCUGCCGGAGGUGCCUGCAACUAUUCCAGAGCUUGCUGGAGUGUUCAUGCUGGAGCACACGUACCCGGUGGUACUCUCCAGAUCUGUGGUGUCGCGAACAACCAGCCGGGUCCCAGUCCUAUCCCAGGUGGCCAAGGCGGUGUCCCGAGGGGAGGAGUUGGUGCAGCAGGCGUACAGUCACAAGGCUGCCGAGCUGAGCCUGCAGCAGGGCUGCCUACUGUGGGGUUCCAGGGUGGUAAUCCCACAAUGUAUCCGGUCCAGGGUCCUGCAAUUGCUGCACGCGGGUCAUCCUGGUGUGGAAAAGACAAAGAUCGUGGCCCGGUCCCUCCUUUAG